AUAAGGCAUAGCGUGAGCGGAACUGGUCUCACCUUUUGCUCCUAUGGCUCAUCUGCUAGGGGCCUGAAAAAUUUGGACGGGUUAAGGAUUAAGCGAGUUCCUUCAUCUGCUUGGGUUUGGAGUUGUCCUUUCCCUAGGAUAAUUCCCAGGAGGCUGAAGAACCCAUCUUAUCAGUGGAUAUACUUUGUCUCAUCCUUCAGUUGUGACUUGCUCACAUGGCAAAUUCUACCGGAAGUAUAUGUCAUUGCCAACAUAGCUCGUGAUCUCAUAAAGCACGCAUGCUUCUCCUCCGCGAUAAGGGGAUUUCCGUAG